CGAAAAUUCGACAGAUGAACACCCAUGAUCUUUGUGAGACAAAGCGAGACUCGGAUAACUGCCACAAAUGAGUAAUUGCGAGGCCGUUCGUUUUCUUCAUGAGACAGAGAAGUACCCUCGAUUGCUGGUGUGGUGGCGACUAUAUAGACUAUGAAACGGGUACAUGAUUUGCAAGGCUCGCCACCUUUGAAACGCCGUGUUUCGUCGCUCUUCUCGAUUGCAACCAUUCGUGAAGACGAGCUUUUCAGCCAUGCCGAUCUCUCAGUCAACGAGUCGACGACUGCAAAGAACGCGUCUCAAAGUUUUCUUACGCGAGAAGCGAAAGCAGAGCUGCCAAACGCAAUCUAUUCUCCUUCGCUUUCUGUUUCGGAAGCAAGUACGGACGAUGAUGGUCUCUUUUUCGACGACGACAACGAGCUCUCUGCUACUACCGGCUCCGACGCGACCAACAGCAAUCCACAGUCCUUUUCGCCAAGACAAGAAAUCGGAAUAUCGAUCAGGAGAUUUUCUGCGCAAGCCGAAGUAGUCAAGGCAGAGACUGCUGCAGGACAUGACUGCAAGACUGGCAUUGUCACGGAAGUUGGUCUGCUGCACUUUGAUCGUCGCAAUAGGUACCACAAGGAGCGACCAAUACGCAUCCAAUGUUUAGUAGAAGCUCUACAAACAUCGAAGGAUGAAUUAUACCAGCGCUGCUGUGUGCUCAAUGACGAAAGGUCCGAGGCCGCCCGUUCCUUUCUCGAGGAUGAGGACUUUCUUCGUGUUCAUCGUGCUGGGUAUAUACAAAGGCUGGCGAAGCUUUCUGCGUGCACCUGCUGUGAAACAAUAGAUCGGGAAGCCGAACAAUACAAGUCCAUUUAUCUGACUGCGGAUUCGUUGCUCGAAGCUCAGCAAGCAGCGACAUCCUUGUGUACCUUGGUAUCCGGUGUUGUCCAGGGUGAUCUCGACAACGGAUUUGCGAUUAUUCGUCCCCCGGGACACCACGCCGAGCCCGGACUCGCUAGUGGCUACUGUGUGAUUAACAACGUAGCCGUCGCUACCGCAUACGCAAGAAGCAAAUUGAACGUGAAAAAGAUUCUGAUUGUCGACUGGGAUGUACAUCACGGUAACGGUACUCAAGCAAUCUUUCUGAACGAUCCCAAUGUUUUGUACUUUUCGGUACAUCGUUGGCAUGGUGGUAACUACUUCCCCUUUCUCCCCAAUGCAGGACCUGCGACUGUCGGCACUGGAAAAGGAGAAGGUUUCACGGUCAACGUUGGUUGGACCCGCAAAAACAUGGGCAAUGACGAAUACUACGCCGUAUGGGAACGACUACUGAUGCCCAUGGCCCACGAGUUUGACCCCGAAUUGGUGUUGAUCUCGGCUGGUUUCGAUGCCGCCGACGGCGACCUUGGCGAAUGCCGAGUCACACCGGAAGGCUUCGGUGGCUUGACUCGUGCGCUGACGACCUUGGCGAACGGCCGCGUGGUGGGGGCCCUGGAAGGAGGGUACGUGCGGAGUGUACUCGGUCCAUGCGUGUCCGCGGUAAUAUCGUCUUUGUUGGACCGGCGUAGUCCCGAACAAUACCGUACACAAGCCGCGUACGAGCAGAAGGAACGUGCUGGAGUCGAUCUGGAGCAACGCAUCGAUCCUGUCGCGGCCCAAAAUAUUCGAGCCACGGUAGCGGCACACCAACCGUACUGGAAGUUUUUGCAAAAUCGGAUCCACCGCGUCAGUGUCGGUGUGCGUCUUUGUCUCCGCGUCGGUAUUAGCCGUCUGGGUGUUCGCGGGAGCGUGGCACUGUCGUACCGGUAUCCGUUCGAUCGAAUAGACGUAGGGCGAAAACACGAAAUGAAUGGCUGCGGUGGAGCCCAAGGUUCCCGAGACAAAGGCCAUGGCGAGGCCGAGGUAUCCCGCCGAAGGGAGAUCCCCGCCUUUGCAGGCAAGAAUCAAGGGCAACCCGACACUGCCGAUAAUCCCGGUCGUCAAGGACACGGUGCGCAAGCGUGUCACUACCUUCGCCAGGGGACUUUCGUAGACGAAUUGGCGGAGUUCCGCAUUGGUCGUGGUGGAUGUGGAUGUGUACCUCCGGUGACGACGACAAAGACGCGUAUCGUCGUUGGGAACCAGAGUUCCCGGAAACCGAUCGGACGCGCUGCCGAAGAGGCCAUGACGACCCACGACGACGAUGGUUCGGUGGAAACACCGGGUCUGCGACGAUACGAGCAACGUGGAUCGGAGCAUUCUAAAAAGUGA